AUGGAAAUACUAGCUUUUACUAAAAAAAACCUUUUAGUGGGAACUGCAAAAGAAUGUAAGUACCAUUUGUCUUUUUUACAGAAUGCCCAUUAUUCAUGUUCGUACUAAAUGGACAUUCAUUUCACCAGCCAUUCCACGGCCUUUUCUAUUUGCUUUUCAUUUCUCUCCCUGUCACCUUCUCCACCCCAGAGCUCCAAUGGCUCUUUCCCCAAAGUCUGGAAGGUGAUAAUAUUGUUUGCCAAUCCCAUAUGAAUGGGGCAGCCUUUUCCAGGUUCAGUUUCCAUAUGAGGAGAAAGUACUGGAGGCUUCUAGGGUAAUCCUGUGUGAGUUUACUGGGAAUUAAAUCCCAUUAUCUCUAACACAACUUACUUUCACGUAAUUGUUCCUAGGAUUCCAAUCGUAUGGUGUUUUGGUAGUACCUGUUUGUUACCUUUCGUUUCUAAAAUUUGCUUCCUGUCAUAUGUAUCUAAAAGAAUCUUCUGUGUGAUUUAAAACAUAUACACAUUCAAACCCCAGAAAAAAACAGAAGAACAAUAUAUUUACCAAUGUACGGGCUGAGAAGGCAGGAAGCAAGCAAACUGUGCUAAUUCUGAGGCAGCCUCAGAAACCUGUCUUUGCAGCCUUUUCAAGCUGGCUAAUAAUAAUACUUAGCAGCUAUAUCUUUGAGUAUUCCAAGCAUUUCACAUACAUUAUUUCUGUAAUCCUUAAAGCAAACCAGUAAAUGAGCCAUUUGGUGUUAUUGUCCUGCUUUGCCAGUUGUGCGAGGGACUCAGAUUGAGAGGUCAUGGUUUCCCUAAGGCCACAUAGUGACUAGUGUGGUCAUGGCGGAGUUAAGAUGUGAACUGCAGGAGCAAUCUCUGCAAAUCCCAAAUAUAGUCAACAAUUUGCACCGUUGUGGAUGCAUUUUUACACCUGGGAAAGAAUUUUCGUAGUUUCAGUUGUGUGAAAACACAGCCCAAUAAAAUAGGGCCUUGUGGGAAAUCCACCAUGGACAAGUGUUGUUUCAAAAGUCUUGUAUUCCUCCCUGCAGACUUGGUGUGAAUAUAUGCCCUGUCUCUGUGUAGAGUGGUACCUCUGGUUAUGAACUUAAUUCGUUCUGGAGGUCUGUUCUUAACCUGAAACUGUUCUUAAUCUGAGGUACCACUUUAGCUAAUGGGGCCUCCUGCUGCUUCCAUGCCACCGCCGUGCAAUUUCUGUUUUCAUCCUGAGGUAAAGUUCUUAACCUGAGGUACUAUUUCUGGGUUAGCGGAGUCUGUAACCUGAAGCAUCUGUAACCUGAAGCGUCUGUAACCCGAGGUACCACUGUAGAUCUUAAAAAACAGAACAAAACACAGAAUUCAUGGACUUGUCCUCAUACAUGCACAUGGAUUCUGGUGUAGGAGUACCACAGGAGGCGGGAGCGGAGGAAGGGGGUGCGGUGGGGGUGGACCGCCCUGGGUGUCUUCGCUGAGGGGGGUGACAUUUGGCGCACCACCCGCCCGCGACUCCCAAGCCUACCCCAAGCCAUUGGGGGAAGGUGGGAGCUGCGCCGCUUUGCCAGUGGAUUUUCCCCCUUCCUCCUUCGUUUUGACAGCUCGGGGGAGGCUUGGGAGUCACGGGUAGGCGGUGCACCAAAUGUCCGGCAUUGGCAGCUUGCUCCGCCCCAUGGGCGGCGCUCUCCGCCCCUGGCUGCAGGGCACACACACUGCUCCGUGCACCCAAGCGGCUAUCCCACGCUUGGGAGGGCACCCUCCCCACCCCCCUCGGGAGCGCGCCCGCCCUGGGCAGCGCAGGCAUAUGCUCCGCCGCUGAUAGGAGGUUAAUGUUUUGACAAAGACCCAAUUUAUACAUGUACAACGUGUAUGUGGACUUUUAAUAUGCAGUUGUUUGCAAAAUUCCUGGAGGCUAAAGUCCUUCCAUGGAUGGUCAAGUUGCUAUCAUACAGCACAAUCCAAAUCAUGCUAAGAGGAAUAAGUCCUAUUGAAUUCAGUGGGGCUUACUCCCAGGUAACUGGGGUUAAAAUUGCAGCCUUAGAUUCCAGUUGAGGGGCAGAAUUCAGACAGCCACUACUGAAUAUCUGUUCUGGACACAUUAAUGACUAAAGUAUGAAGUAGGAAACAUUUAAAGGGAAUUUAUUUUUAUUAGUUCUCUACUUUUAUGCCUCAUAAUUACCACAGCAAUGUUAUCAGCACAAUACAUUCACCUUCAUUUCCUUAAGCUGAGGAAUUUGUGCCUUUUGACCUAUUUUUUUCAUCUAUCUAUCAUCUAUCUAUAUCUAUAUCUAUCUAUCUAUCUAUCUAUCUAUCUAUCAUCUAUCUCUAUCUAUCUAUCUAUCUAUCUAUCUAUCUAUCAUCUAUCAUCUAUCUAUCUAUCUAUCUAUCUAUCAUCUAUCUAUCUAUCUAUCUAUCUAUCUAUCUAUCAUCUAUCUAUCUAUCUAUCUAUCAUCUAUCUAUCUAUCUAUAUCUAUCAUCAUCUCUCUAUCUAUCUCUAUCUAAUCUAUCUAUCUAUCUAUCUAUCUAUCUAUCUAUCUAUCAUCUAUCAUCUAUCUAUCUAUUUGCAGCCAUCACAUUAAAUGUCAUUAUUCAAACAAAUUUUCUCAUUUUAUACAGCUUAGGAGAUUAGUUUUCCCUCUCCUCCCUGACCUCCCACAUUUUUCUUUCCCCAUAGCCAACUGUAUUCACUUUUUGGGGUCAUAGCAAUCUAGAUAGUACUUACACAGCUGGUUAUACUUUCCAGGCUAUUAUCCCUGUAAAGAAUAGGAUGCCAGUCGCUAGACCCAGCAUUUAUUGUUUAAAAUGUGGAGUAUUGCCUUCCAGCAAAACCCCCAAUAUCAAUCUUUUUGCUCAUCCGUGAAUUAUGUAGGUCUUGUGAGUUGUCCAGUUAUAAAAGUGCUCCUUGAGGGGACUGGAGGCAAAGGAAGAUGGAACGCCUGUACUAAGUGAAUGGUUAUAUGGGAGUCAGUGGAGCAUUGCCCAUUAGGGUAAGUGGGACGCUGUCCCACCAAACUCAGGCAUGAGUCCUCCAAGCCUUCUUUCUCACAGCUAGGGACAUCAGAGAAUUAUGAUGACAAUGGAAGAUGGUGGCAGAUGGUUUCAUUUCUAAACCGCUUUAUAUUUUAAAGAGAAAAUCUCAAAGUGGUUUACAACACAUUAAAACAUCAAAUAAAACAAUCUUGGGGGGGAUUACUGAAUAAAGUAAAAGAUGAAUUGCAGAUUUAAAACAGCAUAAUUAGCAAGAGAAUGAAAUAUUAUCUGAAGCGUAGAACACAUCUGCUGCUGUUGCUGCCAAUCCUGUUCUUGGUGGGUGGCAGCUGUGGAAGUUGAGGCUUGAUGAUCUAGAUCUGCGCUAAGAGACAACCAAGAUGAUCUCUGGAGUCUUCAGCAGCCUAGCUUUUUUAGUUGGAGUCAGUCAGGGCCCUGCCCUCCCAGGCCAGGCGGAAAAGGCCGGCAAGGCAGGGAGCAGGUUUUCUAAGAUUCACAGCCAAGAUGUUCACUUAUUUGUCCCAUGUCUGCACCAGCAUCAGUCUGGAGAAUAAAACCCAUAUUCACUGUUGUUGUUAUUUUCAGUCCACAGUGGACAGUGAGAUGAAGGUAAACUGCAGCAGAAUGGAAACAGUGCUGUAUGUGCUAAAGACAGGAUGGAGAACAAUGCCUUCUUACACCCCUACUUUACAACCAGUCCAGAGAAUGGCACUGGCUGGCUGUCAGCUUCCUCCUCCUUAGUCUCAGUGUGGUCUUUGUAGAAAUCACCAGGGAGGAGAAAAAUAGAAUUAGUUGGCUCUGUCUGUCAUUGGCUCUGGCUGCGCCCUACCAGUCUCAAUGGGCACCCAACAUCACUGGUAAAAGGGAAUUUUGGCAAGUGCAGAUUGUCAUACAAGGUGUGAAGAGCCGCAUCUGCCAAAUUUUUAUACUCUGUUGUGUUGUUAAAGUUUUGGGAGUUCUGGUCUCCUGGUUGGCUUAGUGUGGCUGAAACAUAGGGAUGGGGUAAUCCUAACUAUUAGGUAAAGGGUAAAGGGACCCCUGACCAUUAGGUCCAGUCAUGACCGACUCUGGGGUUGCGGUGCUCAUCUCGCUUUAUUGGCUGAGGGAGCCGGCGUACAACUUCCGGGUCAUGUGGCCAGCAUGACUAAGCAGCUUCUGGUGAACCAGAGCAGCAAACGGAAACGCUGUUUACCUUCCCGCCAGACUGGUACCUAUUUAUCUACUUGCACUUUGACGUGCUUUCGAACUGCUAGGUUGGCAGGAGCAGGGACCGAGCAAUGGGAGCUCACCCCAUUGCGGGGAUUCGAACCACCAAUCUUCUGAUCGGCAAGCCCUAGGCUCUGUGGUUUAACCCACAGCGCCACCUGGGUCCAUAAUAGUUAAUCCUAACUAUUAGCCUCUUUUUAAAAAGUGCUUCUUGUUGGGGACAGCAAAAAACAAACAAACAGCAUGUUUUGGAAAAUAAUUCUAAGAAAACACAUCAAAAUGCUACCUUUCUUGACUACAUCCAGAUCUUCCUUUAUAUAUAGAUCUUCAGCACAGGCUCAUCUAUUUUAGCUCCAUCCAAGUGAGCUGUUAUUCUGAAUUCUGCAUCGUCCUGGGUUUCCCUAUGAUUAGUGAUAAAAUUGAGCACAUAUUUAAAUUGUCCUUUGCCAGCCUGCCCAUCCGCUGAAGUCUCACAUGGCAGAAUAUUUACCAUUAAAGUUAGCACUGAAUAUCCCACCCCACCACCCUACCGUUCUUCCAGUAAUUCUUAGUUUUGUCUUUCAGCUUUUACUGUGUUCAGCUCAUUUGCCGAGAAUGAAGAUGCACUUUUGCGGCACUUAUUUCAAGGGUAUCAGAAAUGGAUCAGGCCUGUGAAACAUGCCAAUGAUACCAUAAAGGUGUACUUUGGAUUAAAGAUAUCCCAACUAGUAGAUGUGGUAUGUAAUCUAUUUCUCUGGGUCCUCCUUUCCUUCCUUUCCUUCUAUAGAGCAGUUCUGCUACAUUUUAAGAAUAAAACAAUUACCACCCAAAAAUCCUUUGGGCUUUCGGAAACAAAAUGGGAAUAGGGAUGUGGAAAUAUGUCACACACAUUUUCUUUUGAAAAAAACUUACUCAUACUGUACAUAGUGUGCCCACAGUCAGUUAAUAUGUGAUCAGAUUAUCCUCAGAUCAGGAAAAUCUGAAUUGAAUGUAGUAAAAGUGUGGUCUACCAGUUGGAUGAGGACGUCAUGUGGACAGCAUAAAAAAGAGAGGGAUGCAAGCAGUUUCAAAUCCACAUUAAACUCCCAUGUGAAUGUGAAUAAGUCAAUCCAGGGGCUAAUCUAUACUGGUGAGUUAUAACGUUAUAAAUGCCUUAUAAAAAUGUGACAUCAGGGGGUGCUGUACAGCAGUCAAUGGAAAAUUGCAUUGAGAGCUAUAUAACUUUUUUCUUAGUGUUUUUUAGCUUAGUGUAGAUCCAGCCCUUAGGUUAUCUGUUUAACACAGGGACUGUCCUGGAAAGUGGAAAACUCUGAAAUGGUUGCAGACUCUUUAUUCUUGGAGAAUGCUGGGAGGUUGUUGUUGUUCUUCAGAAGAAUAAAUGAUUUCUGCUUCUUUCCCUCUCCACAGGAUGAAAAGAAUCAGCUGAUGACAACUAAUGUAUGGCUGAAACAGGUAAAAUAUUUGACAACGCAGUCAGUGUAAAUGUUCAUCAUUGUCAGCAAAUUUUUACAGUAAAUGUUCUACUGUGAUGUGGAGAGGGAGGUUCUUGAAUUAAGCUAUCUUACAUCCCAGAUACUAUGGCCUAACUGGGUUACAACUUCAGGGCAAUGCUGAUUAAUGGUCUCUAUAGGCGAUAAAUCUAUUGCACUUGCAAGGCCGGCCCACACAUGAGGCAAGAUGAGGCAACUGCCUGAGGCAGUAGGAUCCACAGGGGUAGCAGACCCCGAUAUAGAACUUCACUCCUUCUUUGUUCCUGGUAUAGAUAUUCACUCACCUCUUCUUCCUUGCUGGGAACACCAUUUUGUUGUGCACCUCAGGUGUCAAAAUGUCUUGGCCUAGCUUUGUGCACUUGUAUUACAAAAUGGGGAGGGGAAUCGAUUGUCUAGUAAACAGCAGUUUUCAAAAUAUGGAGUCUGAAGUGGCACAAAAAAGAGUUCUCCUGUCAGCUAGCCCACCACAGCAGAUAAUUCCCUUCAACAUCCAGUCUCAGGGUAGUCUGACCUGAGGGAGCCAGCUGUGCAUUUCAGUCUUCUAGAAUACAUAGAGAUGUUUGCAGAAGUUCUGUGGCAGACAAGCUGAUGCAGAAAGGGUUCUCUGAAGGAAGACUUUGGGGGAAGCCAUGACUGUUGAUAGUGAUAUGAUACUGCUUUAAAUGCACAUUGCAGAUGAGGCCCCAGUCUAGAGGAAGGGAAGAGGCACCCCUAAAAAGUUAGAGUGUGAUCAAGGGAGAGAUGUCAGCAACUGGCUUUUAUAUGGAAGCUGUUUCCUUGGGACCGGGUAAAUAGAAAGCAUUGGAGCAUAUACAUGAUUUCUUCAGGAUAACUCGGAGUUUGCUAUGGGAAGACAUAUGGUGUUGUGCUAUGUUUAUUAACACUUCAUCUCCUCAGCUGUUUUUUCUUUUUUUAAAAGAAAAGCUAAUGCCUAGGGACAGAUUGAGUUUAUUAGUUGAGGUUUGUUUUUUUAAUAAACACACACACACACACACACACACACACACACACACACGUGUAUUUGUUAAUAUUAUAAGUUUUGUUUAGCUUAUUAUUACAUGGCUGUUUACAUUUGGUUAAUAUCUAGUAAUUGUGAGUUUUCCCGACGUGUUUUACGGUGUAAGCUUUUUCCUGAUAUCGUGAGCAAUUUGAGCAUGGUUUACAGUGGAAAAGAAGGUCAUACUGAUUUGAGAUGGCCUGGAUGUGUUGCAUUCAGGAAGUUUUAAAUGUUUGAUGUUUUAUUAAGUUGUUAUAUGUGGUGGAAGCCACCCAGAGUGGUUGGGGCAUGAUGAUGAUGAUGAUGGCAUAGUGAAUCAGUGGUGGACUUUGGGCUUUGAAAUGUCAGUGGUGGCCUGUGCAACACCAAAAUUUGAUGGACCCCUGCCUCCUCUCACCUCCUGUUGUUCAUCAUUGUUGCUGUGUCCCCUGCAGUGACCUCUCAGCUUGGCGCCCAGUGCAGGCAAACUGCUCAUGCUCCCUUAAAUUCCCCUCUGAAUGUACCUCGUACCUAUGGGACCACCUCUCCUGGUAUGUUCCACGGAGGACCUUACGGUCUUCAAAUAAAAACAUCUUGGAGAUCCUGGGCCACAGGAAGGUUAGGCUGGCCUCAACCAGAGCCAGGGCUUUUUCGGCUGUGGCCCUGAUCUGGUGGAACGCUCUGUCACAAGAGACUAGGGCCCUGCGGGUCUUGACAUCUUUCCGCAGGGCCUGCAAGACAGAGCUGUUCCACCAGGCCUUUGGCCAAGGCACAGUCUGACCCCUUCUCUACUUCUGUAAUCUAGCCCAAUGGUUGCCAUUAAUUUGAUUCUGAAUUGAUUUUAGAAUGUAUUUAAAUUAAUUGACUGUGAUUUUAUGUAAACUGUGCUAUUUUUACUGUUGUUAGCUGCUCUGAGCCGGCUUUGGCUAGGGAGGGCGGGAUAUAAAUACAGUGGUACCUCAGGUUAAGUACUUAAUUCGUUCCGGACGUCCGUACUUAACCUGAAACUGUUCUUAACCUGAAGCACCACUUUAGCUAAUGGGGCCUCCUGCUGCUGCCACGCCACCGGAGCAUGAUUUCUGUUCUCAUCCUGAAGCAAAGUUCUUAACCUGAAGCACUAUUUCUGGGUUAGCAGAGUAUGUAACCUGAAGUGUAUGUAACCUGAAGCAUAUGUAACCCGAAGUACCACUGUAAAAUAUUAUUAUUAUUAUUAGUAGUAGUAGUAGUAGUAGUAGUAGUAGUGCACUGUCCCCUUAAGUCUAAGCCAGUCACCACUCUCUCCCUCUUCUCAUAUCUUAGGGUAGGUGUGGGGAAUCUUUGGCUCCCCAGAUGUUGCCGAACUACAAUCCCAUCACUCCUGGUCAUUGGUCAUACUCUCAUCACCCCCAUGAAGCAUGGCCAAUGGCCAGGAAUAAUAGGAUUAUAGUUCGGCAACAUCUUGAGAGCCAAAGGUUCCCUGCACCUGCCAUAGGGCAAUCUGUAGCAGUCCUUGGGCAGUAUGAUCCAGCCAGGAAGCUGUGUAGAAAACUACUUAAUCAAAUCAGUUGAGUUUUGCCAUCAGCUUAAAUUCUUUUAAAAGGUUCAGCAGAGAACUCGCUGGUGUGACCACGCUGCAGUGACCACGCUGGUUCCUGUCAGCCAAAAAUAUAUCUCUGUGGGCUGAAACCCCUUCCCUGUGCACAACUUGGUGUGGGGAGGGAAAGAUCUGCUGAAGCAACAGCCUUCUUUCUGCCUUGCACCAUUUUGGAUAUAUCCCACCAGGACUGUGAAACAGGGCCAGAGCCAUGGAGUAGAGGGAAGAGCUAUAGUGUCCUGUUCUUCACAAGGACUUGUCAAUCCCCGUCCUUGAAUUUUCAGCUCUCAUUUUGGAAAUUUCACUCAUCCUUUCAUGUAUGGCGAUUUAAGAAAAACAAUCAGUCACACAGGAACUAUUCUACAAUCACCCAGAGGCUCAGUUAAGACAUCAAUGUCUUAACUCCUGCCCUCCAAUUUCCAGGUAAAUGAGUGGUGGUGACUGAGAAACACUUGGCACUUUCAAAUGUUAACAUUUGAAUUAUUCGUAUUUAACUGUCAGGGAACUGCCAUCAGUGCCGGAGGGAGAGAGCAAAAUCCAGAGGGAUUCCAGAGAGCAUCCCGGGAUUGGGAGAGGCAGCCCAUCUUCCGGGGAAGAGAAUCAGCGUAGCACCAGUGGAGAAGGGGGGCAGAUGGGGGAAGGGGCGAGGCGGUCCCAUGACUCCUUGCUGGGGAUCAGCGGGGAGAGUAGGGGUCCUCCGCUGCCUACGCCUUCCUUGCGCAGAAGGCUUUCGCGCAGAGAGAGUAGGAGGAGACUAGGCAUCAAAGAGCUUCUUUGCUGGAAGAAGUUUAAGAAACGCCCACUGACGGAUUCUGCCAGCGAUUGAGACAGCCACGGGUGAGUGGCUGUCCGGACAGAAAAGGUUCACUCAGGCAACCCAGCCAGGUGUUUGCACCGGCUUACGCACGAGCAACCCCUAGAACCACUACAUUAACCUAAAUCAAUUUUAAUUUGCUUACAAAUUAAUCUGUAGAGUGACUAUUAAGUUUUUGCUUCUCCUUCUGCCAAAUCUUUGCCUCUGGGCUUGCUGAACUGGGGCUGGGGUGAGCCACCAGAAUUCAAAAUAAACCAGAAUCUCACUUUCUGAACUGCUCCCUGGCUCCUUACGUGCCUGACUGCAGCUCAACUUGUACCCCAGGAUAAGGCGUGUAAACAUACCCUUUGCUUACUGUCUUGGCAAGGCAGACCACACCAGCCCUUGGGGACUAUUCUUUCUCUCUUAGAGGGCACAAGGGUGAUUGGCAAUAUCAUCUGAUCGACAAAAGCUUUCUUCAGUCAAUGUAAAAAGACAAAACGGGGAGCGGGGUUAAGCUGCAAGUUGCUGCUCAUAUAUUGGAAUGUGCUGCUGUUGCUCAGUGAUUCAUACUAAGCUGAUCUUCAAGCAGUCAGCAAAAUGGGUGACCGUUCUUGCCUCCUGACAGGGUCUGGAAGAUUGUGACUUUUCCACACAGUCUCUGGGGAAUUCCCAGUCCACAUGCUGAGGACCUAACUACAUCUUGCAUUAUCCCAGGGCUGGCCCAAGACAUUUUGGAACCUGAGGUGAACCACAAAAUGGCUUCCCCCCUGCCAGGGAACAUGGAGGGAAUAAAAAUCUACGUCAGGAACAAGGACGGGAAGACACGAGCAGCGCCUCCAAAAGGCCACUGUACAGGAGGCAUUGAGGGGGGUUGCUGAGGAGUAGGCAGAUCUGGCUUCCAAGGAAUGGGCUAUGUGUUCCUUGAAGGCCAGAUCUGCAAUCCUUGCGAAUUCUGCCGCCUGUGGUGGUCACCUCAUCUUGUCUCAUGGUUUGGCCAAACUCGUGUUAGCCACCUACCUGUGCCUUUAUGUGCCUUGGAUUUUUUUUGUUUUGUUUGUUACAGCAUGGUCCCCUUGAGCUGAGGGGGAACCAUAGUGUGGGGGCAGGAGGGAAAGAUUUAACCCUCUGCUUACUGCUAUGAUCCCUAUCCAUAUUGGGGGCCCUGCACCUGCAGUUUGCAUAGAGGGGGAAAUUUUGCAUUGAAGUGAAUGAGAGUUUCCCCCUAAAGAAGACUGCAAGAGAUGGGAGGGGCCUAAUAUAGAUUGGAAUCACAAGGGGGAUAAAGGGUUAAUGUCCCGUCCCCCCGCCAAUUGCUAGGCAAUUUGUGUAAGACAACCAUGCACUUAAAAGUAAAGCACUGCACCCAACAUAAUGUAUCAUUUGCCCCUCAGAAGAACUGUUGCUGUAGGUGAAACCAUAACCACAAUAAUUCGUUGUGGUCCUUAAAAUGUGGGUAAACCUGUCCACAGAGAAGAGCACAAAAGUAAAUGUAGAAGUCUUGAAGAAACAGGCACAAUGGAAAGUAAUGGAAAGAGUUAAAGAUGUGUCAGCUACUUGAAGGGUAUAAUUGAUUAUUAGCAUCUGAAGUGUGUAAGCAUUAAAGAGAAAGAUGAUUUGAGUACAUUAUACAGAGCAGCUUAACUAGGAAUAAUGAUAGGAAAUUGAGAAACUGAGGGUCUAACUGUAUGUUGCAGGCAAAUCUCUGGAGCAGAGCUUGAUGUUGACCUUAAAAACAAACAUACACUCAGAGCUAGGAUUUUGAGAGGAGCAGCAGUGAGAGGAGGGAUGCUUAACCCAUUUUUUGCACUUGCUAUUUCACCAUUCUAAAUUGUUGCCCGAGUGGCUUCCACCAAUGUGGUUCAAAAUGCAGGUAAACACAACUUUUGAGCACUAUGUGUGCGUGUAUGUCUACAUGUGUAUGUGGGAAGCCCUAUAAAUGCAAGCAAUUUGGAGCAGAGAAAUAGAAAUAAAGGCAGGGCCAGCCCUACUAUUAGGCAAAAUUAGGUGACUGUAGAAAGUCUGAUGGCAAUGGCAGCAACCCUGCCAGCCAUUUCCUUCUGUUGGAGAGCAGAUGUCUGAGCCAUACGGCCUGUUCUGCACCCCCUGAACUAGCCCACUGCUGCCAUGUGCAAUGAUGGCAGUGCUGAAGUAAAAUUCCCUCCAGUCGAGUUCACCACAUGGAGUAGGGAGUGGUGCCAUCUUGUCUUUCGACUCAGGCAGCAAACUAUUUUGGGCCAGCCCUGGAGAGAAGGUUCAAGAUGCACAGUGGGACAUAUUUCUGAAAAAAGUUUGCAUACAAUCAGGCUACCUGUGUGGUGUAGUGGUUAAGAGCGAUGGACUCGGAAUCUGGUGAACUGGGUUUGCUUACCCGCUCCUCCACAUGCAGCUGCUGGGUGACCUUGGGCUAGUCACACUUCUCUGAAGUCUCUCAGCCUCACUCACCUCACAGAGUGUUUGUUGUGGGGGAGGAAGGGAAAGGAGUUUGUGAGCCGCUUUGAGACUCCUUCGGGUAGUGAUAAAGCGGGAUAUCAAAUCCAAACUCUUCAUAGACCCCCCUAUGCAGGGAUGUUUUGACCUUUCAAGUCUGGCUUUGGGCCGGGGGGAACUCGGAGUUGUGGGGGCCUUUAACUUUGGAGGGACCUUGAAACAUGCCUUUAAAUAUCACAUGGAUUUCAGUGUUGACUAUGGAAAAGGGGCUGACUUGUCGAGAAGGGACAAAAAUAUUGUCAAGCUGGAGUCUCCUCAGUGAAAGGAGCAGAAGACAAAGUAAAGUACAGGUAUAAACAUGAAGAAGACCUGCGGAAGGGACAUGGAAAAGACUUAAGAGCCUCGGAUAUAAGGUCACCAGGUUGAUGGACUAGAUGGAUGGGAUAGAAAGGACUGACAAAACCCGAGACCAGGAAGAAGAGACGAUGGAUGAAGAUUGGAAGAAAGUUUUAAAAAUUUAUUUAGAAAAGUAUUGUAAAAUUAAUGAGUAUUAGAAAAAUGUUGGAAUGAAAUUAUUUGGCUCUAGCAGAAAUGUUAAAAAGAAUUAUGUAAGAAUAUGUUAUGGUUAAGAGAAUUUGGUAUAAAUAAGAUUUAAGUUUUAAGUUUUAGGGUUUUUUAUGGUAAGAUAAGGUUAAAAUAGAUUAAGGUAAUAUAAUGACAGAAUAUUGUGAAAGAUGGAAAGGAUUUGCUGAGAUAAUUAACAACUAGAAUACAAAAAAGGGAGGUGUGAGGAGGUUGAUGAAAUAAGUUAAUGACAGUUAAGGAUCUGGGAAUAUUGGAUUUGUUUUUAAAUUUUUUGUUUAUUUUUGCUUUUUGCUUUUGAUGUAUUGUGUGUUUUGUUUUUUCUUUUUGACUUUGGUUUUUACUGAUUUGUAUUGUUUAAUUGUUACUUUUAUCUACUUUUUUCUUUCUUUUUCUCUUUCUCUUGUUUUUUCCUUCUUUUUUCUUUGUAACCUUAAAAUUCUCAAUAAAUAUCAUUUUAAAAAAAAAAUCAUAUCCAAACUCUUCUUCUACCUCUUCUCAUGACACUGUCACAAGGUUGUGCCCGGUUACAGGUUAUUGUGUGCUCAUUACUUCCUGUUGCUAGAAAAGGAAAGAGAGGAGCAAAUGUUUAAUUUUCAACUCAGCAUUGCCUGGCACAAGCACUGCAGAGGUAGAGAACGUUUGACCCUCCAGGUAUUGCUGAACUACAACUCCCAUCAACCUCAGCAAGCGCGGCCAGUGGCCAGGAAUGAUGGGAAUUGUAGUUCAGCAGCUUCUGCAGGCCCAAGGGUUCCCCUCACCUGGGGUAAAGAGAGCCCUAAAUUUAGUCUACUGACCUCACACCUUUGAGAAAUCCAUAACUACUCAGAAGUAUCAUGAGGUGUUUUUUUUGCAGAAAGGAGGAUCUUGUAAGAGUCCUGUGCCUGAAUUCUCUACAGGAAGAUGCUUUCAUUGCUGAUAUUGAUUUUAGUAAGCUCACACAUUCUUCCUUCUCGUGCAUUCCCGCAGCGCAUCCUAAAAACUUAUAAAUAAUAAAUAUAAGGGGAGAGAUGCUUUCCUUUCCUUUGAUUAUUACUGUAAGCAUGAUGCCACUCAGAUAGUCUGGUUUAUCCACUGCAGCAUGACGUCAACAUAUGGUGGUCAAUUGACCAGAAGAAAGUGACUUGGCUUGCUCUUGAGCCUUUAAGAGCACUUUGAGCUCUCCAAAUCAUCUGGGAAGCUUUGCACAACAGCAGAGAAAUAAGCAUUAUACCUGCUAAUGCCUGCAGAUCAAGAUGCUUUUAAAGGCUAAGUAGCAGAGAAUAGUAGUAGUAAUAGUAGUAGUAGUAGUAGUAGUAAUAAAUAUGUAAUAGUUUUUUUAAAAAAUUCUGAAAGAUGGACAUUCAGAUGGUCCAUCUGAUUCAUGGAUUUUUGUGUCUUGCACUUGUGAAAAAGAGUUGUGAUUAACUAUGCUUCAGUCUCAAGGUCUAGAUCAGGGUUUUCCAAACUUGGAUCUCCAGCUUAUUUUGGGACUACAGUUCCCAUCAUGAUGGGAUCAUAGGAGUUGUAAUCCAACAACAGCUGGAGACCCAAGUUUGGGAAACUCUGGUCUCGAUGGUACUUGUUGCCUCAAUAUAUCAUGUUUUCCCUGGGAGAUCUCUAGCACGUCCACAUAAAAAGCACAGAGCCCUGCUGGUCGAGGGUCCUGCCAAAUGAAUGUGUUAGCCCUCAGCAGCCAUGUCUUUAAAACUGCCUUUUGAUGAGUUUUAGCCUCAUGCGCAGGUAUGCGCUGAAGCAAUUGUGUGACUGUAACGUAACCAGAUUUUUUAAUGCUGUGCCUGAGGCCAAAAGACAUACUAAGGGUGGUGGUAAGUAAAGGUAAAGGGACUCCUGACCAUUAGGUCCAGGCGUGACCAACUCUGGGGUUGCGGCGCUCAUCUUUAUUGGCCGAGGGAGCCGGCAUGCAGCUUCCGGGUCAUGUGGCCAGCAUGACUAAGCCGCUUCUGGAGAACCAGAGCAGCGCACGGAAAUGCCAUUUAUCUUCCCGCCGGAGCGGUACCUAUUUAUUUACUUGCACUUUGAUGUGCUUUCAAACUGCUAGGUUGGCAGGAGCAGGGACCGAGCAACGGGCGCUCACCCCGUUGCGGGGAUUCGAACCGCCGACCUUCUGAUCGGCAAGCCCUAGGCUCUGUGGUUUAACCCACAGCGCCAUAACUCAACAUGAAGCAACCCAAACCUAAAUGUUAGCAGUCCUGUAGGUUUCAAGUGACUUAUUUCAUUCAAACUUAAUUCAAAGUGUCAAAGUGUUUGUUAAUCUUCAUAGGAACAUAGGAAGUCGCCUUAUACCAAGUCAGAACAUAGGCUCAUUUAGCUUAGUACUGUCUGCACUGACAGACAACGACUCUCUUGGAUUUCAGAGAGGGCUCUCUCCCAGUCCUACCUGGGGGCGCCAGGGAUUGUACACGGGGCCUUCUGCAUGCAAAGCAGUUGAUGUAACCCUGAGCUAGUGACUCAUUCAUUGAUCAGAAUGCUGGGAAACGAAGGCAAGUUUACUUCUUUCUUGGCUACUGGGUAGGAUAUCAGCCACACAUUCCCCCUAUAUUUUCAUAACUAAUGAAUGGUAAAGACUUAGGGCACCAUGGCAGGGAUGCUGAAAGCAAGCAACCAUUACUUAGUUCUUCUUCUUCUUUGACGAUCACUCGUAGCCUAGUAAGAUUGUCUUCCAUAAACAUGGUUUUAACAGUCAGUCUAUAAGUGACUGUGGAGGCCAAUUUUGGAGCCACACGUCCUUCCACAGUGGGAACAUAGGUUUCUGGGUGGGAGUUGAUCACGGUGAGCCAAGCGUGCCUUCCUCUUAGUGUGUUUCUCCCUUGUGUCCUGAGUUUGAGCGUCUUCAAAGCCCAUGACACCUUUGGUAAAGGCUGUUCUCCAACUGGAGUGCUCACAGGCCAGUGUUUCCCAAUUGUCAAUGUCUAUACUACAUUUUUUGAGAUUUGCCUUGAAAGAGUCUUUAAAUCUCUUUUGUUAACCACCAGCAUUACACUUUCCAUUUUUAAGUUCGGAAUAGAGUAGUUGCUUUGGAAGACGAUAAUCAGGCAUCCUCACAACAUGACCAGUUGAUGUUGAAGAAUCAUUGCUUCAACACUGGUGAUCUUUGCUUCUUCCAGUACACUGGCAUUAGUUCACCUGUCUUCCCAAGUGAUGUGUAAAAUUUUUCGGAGACACCGUUGAAGGAAUCUUUCCAGGAGUUGGUUGCUUAGUAGUAGAGUACUUGCAUUGCAUGCAACAUUUCACAGGUUCUUUACUAAUAGGUUCAUGUAGGGCUGUGGAAGACUCCCGUCUGAAACUUCCAGGGAUUGCUAACACCCAGCACAGACAGUAAUUAGAUGGUGGACUUGGCAUAAGGAAGCUUUCUGUACUGUAUACCUUUUCCUUCCUUAAGUUUUAUUCAAGAAAUAAGCUUCCUAUGUUCCUAAACUGGAUUUGCUGGAAGGAAUUUUUCAUUAAAAAUUAAGGCGAAUAUUCAGGACAGAGACUCCCUGCCCAGGUUUGCCCUGUCUGGUUUCUGUGAAAUUCUGCGGAUUUUGUUUGAUGGCAACUGUAAUAUGUGCUUCUGUGGGCUGAAACUGGAUUCAUGAUUGGGACAUAUUCAUGAUGGAUGCUACAGAAUUAUUCUGAUUUGGUUCCUUAGAGUAUUCAACUUGUAGUGAAACUGAUCAAGCAACAGUGGUGCUUUUGCUGAUUAUUGCAGGAAUGGAUUGACCAAAAAUUGUGCUGGAAUCCGGAGGACUAUGGUGGAAUCACCGCAAUUCGAGUUCCAUCUGAAUCUCUCUGGCUCCCAGAUAUUGUUUUGUUUGAAAAGUGAGUAUACAGAUCUUGACACUCAUUUUUUACAGUAUUUUUCGUACUUGUGUGCAGGGGUCUCAGGAGAGAAGCUGAAAGGUAGAUAAUUUAUUUUCUUUGUAUAGCGACAUCUGUGUACUGUACGAAGCAGGUGUGGUGAACCUCCAGAUUUUACUGAACUCAAACUCCCAAUCGGCCGAGAUUAUUAGCCACGCUUUCUGGGGCUGAUAGGAGUUAGCUUUCAGUAAAAUGUGGAGGGCCAAUGAUCCCCCACAUCUGCGACAAAGUAACAUUAGCAAAAAGACAGAUCUAAGCCUCAAGGACAAACUUGGCCCUCUAGCUAUUUUGGGACUACAACUCCCAUCAUCCCGGGCUAACAGGACCAGUGGUUAGGGAUGAUGGGAAUUGUAGUCCCAAAACAGCUGGAGGCCAUGCCUGCUCAAGGAGAUUAUAGUCAAAAAUUUGACAUACAAAAUGGGUGGGUGGGUAGGAAUAGUAGCAAGAAUAGCAAAAGAAUGUGUACAUAUGUAUUUGAAGUUACCGUAUUUUUUGCUCUAUAAGACUCACCUUUUCCCUCCUAAAAAGUAAGGGGAAAUGUGUGUGCGUCUUAUGGAGCGAAUGCAGGCUGCACAGCUAUCACAGAAGCCAGAACAGCAAGAGGGAUUGCUGCUUUCACUGCGCAACGAUUCCUCUUGCUGGUCUGGCUUCUGAGAUUCAGAAUUUUUUUUUUCUUGUUUUCCUCCUCCAAAAACUAGGUGCGUCUUGUGGUCUGGUGCGUCUUAUAGAGCGAAAAAUACGGCACUUAGAGCUAGUGGCUAUAGGAGAAUAGUAGAUUAUUACCUUUGCUUUCUCCACCUCUUUUCUAGUCCCAAACAUGGUCCUAUUCUCCUUCUCUUCCAAGGGCAUACAGUAGGCAUGUCAUUAGGGGACCAGCAAGUUGGGGUGGGCUGUGCCAGGACCUUGAGAAGGGGAGGGUGUUAUAGACAUGGAGUAAAAUCUUGGGGAGAGGCCCAGCAGUGUAACCUCCCAAUUUUUACAGUGACCACAAGCAUUUGCCUCUAUUUGGUCAUUCAGUAGCCCUGGAGAGAACAAAAGUAUAUUUCCAAAAUGCCCUGUCUCUACCAGUAAACUUAAGACUCAAUUCAGUAAUGAAUUUUAUAUUGUUGAGUAAUUUUUGUUUUAUUUAUUGGUAAUGGUGGUUUUAAUGUUUCUGCCUUGGGAGCUUGUGGGUGAAAGGCAGCUUAUGAACAUCUGGAAUGAAUGGAUGAAUAGGUACUAAAAGGCUGCUGAAACAUGGCACAAUUUAUUGCAACCUGUUUAUGAUUACGUACCUGUCUACCAUCUACCAAAGCGAUGGGAAGCAAAAUCGGAAUAUAAGAAAAAGAAUCGGAAAUAGCAGCUUGGAAACACAAUUCAAAACGUUUUUCUUCCCUCCUCUCCCCUUUCCAGUGCUGAUGGGCGCUUUGAAGGUUCCUUGAUGACAAAAGCAAUAGUCAAAUACAAUGGGAUAGUAGUCUGGACUCCCCCAGCCAGUUAUAAAAGUUCCUGCACUAUGGACGUCACCUUCUUCCCAUUCGACCGACAGAAUUGCUCAAUGAAAUUCGGAUCGUGGACCUACGAUGGCAACAUGGUGGACCUUAUUUUAGUAGAUGAAAAUGUGGACAGGACAGAUUUUUUUGAUAAUGGAGAAUGGGAAAUCCUAAAUGCCAAGGGGAUGAAGGGAAACCGAAAAGACGGAUUGUAUUCCUACCCUUUCAUUACCUAUUCUUUUGUUUUAAGACGACUGCCAUUAUUUUACACUCUCUUCUUAAUCAUCCCAUGUCUGGGAUUAUCUUUCUUGACUGUGCUUGUUUUCUACUUGCCUUCUGAUGAGGGAGAAAAACUCUCGCUGUCCACCUCGGUUUUAGUCUCCCUUACUGUUUUUCUCUUAGUCAUUGAAGAAAUCAUCCCCUCUUCCUCCAAAGUCAUCCCUUUGAUUGGUGAGUACUUGCUGUUCAUCAUGAUUUUUGUCACCUUGUCCAUCAUCGUGACUGUUUUUGUAAUCAACGUGCACCAUCGUUCCUCGGCCACCUACCACCCGAUGGCUCCUUGGGUGAAGAGGCUCUUCCUUCAGAAACUCCCCAGGCUGCUCUGUAUGAAAGGACAUGUAGAUCGCUAUUCAUUCUCUGAUCCCAAAGGGACCCGGAAAGAAAAGCCGACGAGGAAACAUAAACACAAACAAUUCAAAGACGGAGAAAAAAUUGUGAUUGCCUUCCUGGAAAAGGCUGCUGAUUCCAUCAAGUAUAUCUCUGGGCAUGUGAAAAAGGAACACUUCAUUAGGCAGGUAUGUUAGUUCAAAAUCAGGCAGGUAUCAUCAUCACUAUCUAUUAUUUAUACCCCACCCAUCUGGCUGAGUUUCCCCAGACAUUCUGGGCGGCUCCCAACAGAAUAUUAAAAACACAAUAAAAUAUCCAACAUUAAAAACUUCCCUAAACAGGGCUGCCUUCAGAUGUCUUCUAAAAGUCAGGUAGUUGUUUAUUUCCUUGACAUCUGAUGGGAGGGCAUUCCACAGGGCAGGCACCACUACUGAGAAGGCCCUCUGCCUCGUUCCUUGUAACCUUACUUCUCACACCAGAAGGCCCUCGGAGCUGGAGCUCAGUGUCCGGGAUGAACAAUGGGGGUGGAGAUGCUCCUUCAGGUACACUGGGCCGAGGCCGUAUCAGUCACACUAAGUCAACAUAGGUAUUCUAGCCCAAAAAAGGUAGGUUGACUGUGUGUGCAGAAUCAGGCCAAGAGUCUCCUAGCCCAGCAUUUGCUUAAUCCUAGAUGGUCUACUUGAAAUUGGCUUAUAUCCAUGAGUGAACCAUGUUUCACCUUCUAUCUACCCCAUUAGAUAUUUAAAAAGUGAUUGUUUGCACCUGACUUGUGUUAUGGCUUAUGCUAGCUAAAAAUGCCAUUUAUAUUCACUUAUAAAUAUCCAAGGCCACAGGGAGUGGUGUUUUUUUUGAAAGGCAGAAACUUUGAGAGAACUAUUCAUGAUGAACUUAAAUGUUACACAAAUCGAUAACUAAAUUCAAGUGUAUUCCAAAGCAGCUCUUCAAUUGUGCAAAAUACUUGUGAAACUCACGGCCAUCAUUUUCUUUUCUAGGUGGUGCAAGACUGGAAGUUUGUAGCUCAGGUCCUUGACCGUAUCUUCCUAUGGCUAUUUUUGGUAGUGUCUGUGAUGGGCUCUGUUCUUAUAUUUACUCCUGCUUUAAAGGCGUGGUUGCAAAGUGGAAGUAGUAUUGUCUAG